GGUUGGUGUGGCCCGUCAGCCCGCGCUCCGCAGCGUCCGCGCCGCGCCCAGCCCAGUCGAGUCCCGCCGCGGCGGCCGGGUCCGGCGCGGGCGGCGCGCGCUGACGGAGGGCGGCGGCCGCGGCCAGGGCGGCCGGUGGGACCGCGGGUCCCCGGCGCAGCGCCGCCCGGCUCCCGGCCCUGCCGGCCUCCUCUCUCGGCGCCGCAACCAUGGCGGCCAGCGCGAAGCGGAAGCAGGAGGAGAAGCACCUGAAGAUGCUGCGGGACAUGACCGGCCUCCCGCACAACCGAAAGUGCUUCGACUGCGACCAGCGCGGCCCCACCUACGUGAACAUGACGGUCGGCUCCUUCGUCUGUACCUCCUGUUCCGGCAGCCUGCGAGGAUUAAAUCCACCACACAGGGUGAAAUCCAUCUCCAUGACAACAUUCACACAACAGGAAAUUGAAUUCCUUCAAAAACAUGGAAAUGAAGUCUGUAAACAGAUUUGGCUAGGAUUAUUUGAUGAUAGAUCUUCAGCAAUUCCAGACUUCAGGGAUCCACAAAAAGUGAAAGAGUUCCUACAAGAAAAAUAUGAAAAGAAAAGAUGGUAUGUCCCACCAGAACAAGCCAAAGUGGUGGCAUCAGUUCAUGCAUCUAUUUCAGGGUCCUCUGCCAGUAGCACAAGCAGCACACCUGAGGUCAAACCACUGAAAUCUCUUUUGGGAGAUUCAGCACCAGCACUGCAUUUAAAUAAGGGCACACCUAGUCAGUCUCCUGUUGUAGGUCGCUCUCAAGGGCAGCAGCAGGAAAAGAAGCAGUUUGACCUUUUAAGUGAUCUUGGCUCAGACAUCUUUGCUGCUCCAGCACCUCAGUCAACAGCUACAGCCAAUUUUGCAAACUUUGCACAUUUCAACAGUCAUGCAGCUCAGAAUUCUGCAAAUGCAGAUUUUGCAAACUUUGAUGCAUUUGGACAGUCUAGUGGUUCGAGUAAUUUUGGAGGUUUCCCCACAGCAAGCCACUCUUCUUUUCAGCCCCAAUCUACAGGUGGAAGUGCUGGAUCAGUAAAUGCUAAUUUUGCUCAUUUUGAUAACUUCCCCAAAUCCUCCAGUGCUGAUUUUGGAACCUUCAGUACUUCCCAGAGUCAUCAAACAGCAUCAGCUGUUAGUAAAGUUUCAGCGAACAAAGCUGGUCUACAGACUACAGACAAAUAUGCGGCACUUGCUAAUUUAGACAAUAUCUUCAGUGCCGGGCAAGGUGGUGAUCAGGGUAGUGGUUUUGGGACCACAGGUAAAGCUCCUGUUGGUUCUGUGGUUUCAGUUCCCAGUCAGUCAAGUGCAUCUUCAGACAAGUAUGCAGCCCUGGCAGAACUGGACAGCGUUUUCAGCUCCGCGGCCACCUCCAGUAACGCAUAUUCUUCCACAAGUAAUGCUAGCAGUAAUGUUUUUGGAACAGUGCCAGUGGGUGCUUCUGCACAGACACAGCCUGCUUCUUCAAGUGUGCCUGCUCCAUUUGGAGCUACACCUUCCACAAAUCCAUUUGUUGCUGCUGCUGGUCCUUCUGUGGCAUCUUCUACAAAUCCAUUUCAGACCAAUGCCAGAGGAGCAACAGCGGCGACCUUUGGCACUGCAUCCUUGAGCAUGCCUGCGGGGUUUGGGGCUCCCGCUCCGUACAGUCUUCCCACCAGCUUUAGUGGCGGCUUCCAGCAGCCGGCCUUCCCAGCCCAGGCAGCUUUCCCUCCGCAGACAGCUUUUUCUCAGCAGCCCAACGGUGCGGGUUUUGCAGCAUUUGGACAAACAAAGCCAGUGGUAACCCCUUUUGGUCAAGUUGCAGCUGCUGGAGUAUCUAGUAAUCCUUUUAUGACUGGUGCACCGACAGGACAAUUUCCAACAGGAAGCUCAUCAACCAAUCCUUUCUUAUAGCCUUAUAUAGACACUUUACUGGAACGAACUUUUACAUGGUCACAUUACAUCUCUCCGCCUCUUGCACUGUUGUCUUGUUUCACUGAUCUUAGCUUUAAACACAAGAGAAGUCUUUAAAAAGCCUGCAUUGUGUAUUAAACACCAGGAAAUAUGAGCAAAACAGAGGGCUCCAGUAACAACUUUUAACCUGUGAAUUGGCAAAAAAAAGUAGCGGUAUCAUGUAUAUUAAAAAUUGGCUAAUAUUAAGUUAUUGCAGAUACCACAUUCAUUAUGCUGCAGUACUGUACAUAUUUUUCUUAGAAAUUAGCUAUUUGUGCAUAUCAGUAUUUGUAACUUUAACACAUUGUUAUGUGAGAAAUGUUACUGGGGAAAUGGAUCAGCCACUUUUAAGGUGCUGUCAUAUAUCUUGGAAUGAAUGACCUAAAAUCACUUUAACCAUUGCUUCUGGAAAGUUACAGAGUCAAAAUUGGAAGGUUUUAUUCAUUCUUGAAUUUUUCCUUUCUAAAGAGCUCUUCUAUUUAUACAUGCCUAAAUUCUUUAAAAAUGUAGAGGGAUACCUGUCUGCAUAAUAAAGCUGAUCAUGUUUUGCUACAGUUUGCAGGUGGAAAAAAAUAAAUACUAGAAAAUA